AUGUUAGUUUCUAAGGAUGGGGAUAAUGGUGGACUAACCAUCAAGACUUUAUUCAUGGAGCACUACUAUUUCAGACAAAGAGAAAUUCCAAGUUUAAGACAGUCAUAUCUUGCCAAUUACUUCAAGGACAACAUCUACAAGAAUCCCAAAUUCACAACAAAGGAUAUGCAAAAUGAGGUGAGGAAGCAUUUGAAAUUGAAGGUCAGUCACUACAAAUGCAUAAGGGCAAAACACAUUGUGAUUACAGAAUUGAAGGGCAGUUUCAAGCAGGAGUUUGCUGACCUACCUGCCUACAUUCAAGUUGUGAAGACUAGUAAUCCAGGAACAUUGUGUGAGGUGCAGCUGAGUGAAGAAGGAAGAGAAAAUGGCAUUAGAGUCUUUAAAAGAAUAUUUGUGAUGUUUGAAGCUUGUAGGAGGAAUUGGAUAGAGGGUUGCAGGCCGAUUAUAAGUUUAGAUGGCUGCCAUUUGAAAGGUGUUUGCCAAGGGAUACUACUCACUGCAGUUAUGAGAGAUGGAAAUGAUGGUGUAGUGCCUAUAGCUUGGGCAAUUGUUAGUAAGGAGAAUAAGAACAAUUGGAAUUGGUUUCUUUGUUGGCUGAGACAGGAGUUGAACCUUGAGAAUGGAUCUACUAUAACCAUUGUCUCUGACAUGCAAAAGGGCAUAACAGACGCAGUGCAAACCACUCUAUCUAAUGCAGAGCAUAGAUGGUGUGCUAGACACAUCUAUGCAAAUUGGUCAAAAAAGUGGAGAGGGACUGAGCUCAAGAAGCACUUCUGGAUAUGCGCGUGGAGCACAUUUAAGGAAGAAUUUAAGCAAAAUCUGACCAAGCUUGGUGAUAUCAAGAAAGAUGUGGCUGAAGACUUGAUGAAGUACCCUGUUCAAACAUGGUGCAGAGCCUACCAGAGUUCCAGGUCUUGCACUUAUAUGGUAGAUAACAAUAUUAGUGAAAGUUUUAAUGCUACUUUGUUAGAUGCUAGACAUAAGCCGAUUAUAAGCAUGCUUGAAGAUGUUAGGACUAUUGUGAUGGCUAGGAUUAUAGAUAGAAUGAGAUUGUGUGCUGCUUGGAUUGGGGAGUGGUCUCCCGCUUGUAUGAAGUUAUUCCAGGAAGCUAAAUUAGCUUCCAUUGGGUGCAAGGUCUUAUGGAAUGGUGCUGAAGGGUUUGAGAUUGGUGAUGGGGAGGAUAAGCACACGGUUUACAUAGAUAAAAAGCUUUGCACUUGUAGGAUUCGGGAGCUGACAGGGAUUACAUGCAGAAAAUUCUACAAAACAGAGAAGCUAAAACCAAUCCAACCACCUCCAGUUGAGGCACAGGCUGGUAGGCCUAGAAAGAAAAGAAUUAGGGCAUUAAAUGAGCCUUCUUCUUCGAAUCAUCUCUCAAGGAAAGGCCAAGAGCCUACUGCAACACAAGCAACUGGAGAUGGAAGCCAUGUAACUAGAGAAGCUUCACAAGAAACUAUCAAUGCUACACAAGCAUCCCUAACCACUGAACAAUCAUCUCAAGGAAGAAGGCAGAGUAAAAGGCCUUCAAAAGGUCUUAAUGGAAUUGGUGUUCAUGUAAACACUACCACUGGACAAACCACCAUUAAUUCUGGUAUGAACUCUGAAAGGAUUAUAGUGCCCCCUCAAGAAGUGAUUUCACAUGAAGUUGAUCCCAAUGUUAGAUUCCCUAUUCCAAAUAAAAGAGAAAUAAGGAAGAGUACAAGAACAAGGCACCAAAUUCAAUUCAAUUCAAUGGAGAAGGCACUGAAGUUAGAAUGCCAACUCAAUUGCCAUUCAAAGCUCUGGGAUUAA